AUGGCUGAGGGCAGCGAGCUGAUGAACAGGCUCAUGAGCGAGAACGCUGACCUCAAGAAGCAGGUGCGUCUCAUGAAGGAGAACCAGAUGCUGAAGCGGCUACUGAGCGAGAGCUGCCAGGAGAGCUGUGGGCGCGGGGGCCGUGACUUCCUCUUCCCCAAGGUGCCCGCCUACCCCGAGGCCUGCUCCCCGGGGAGCACAGAUGCACAUAUAAGUCACUGUCAUAGUGUGUGGACACCACACGCGUGCUGUGCCUCUGGACCUGGAGCUGCUGGUGUCCUGGGAUCCAUCUCCUCCUCCAGAGGGGAAGUGGAGACAGGUGUCAGAGCUGGGAGCAGGGUCUCUGCAAGACGCGGGUGCUCCAGGAGCCUCCGCCUCACAGCUUCUUCCUCCCUCCCUGCCCCAGUUCCAGACUUUGGAAGGUUCGCCAGCGGCCCUGAUGCACCCUCCCAGCUGCAGGGGUCCUCCCUGGAAGACCUGCUGUGCUCACACGCCCCCGUCUCCAGCGAGGAUGAUGCCUCCCCAGGCUGUGUGACUUCCUCACAGGUGCCCUUCAAGGCUUUCCUCAGCUCCCCGGAACUGCGUGUCCCCCGAGGCUCCGACCGAAAGCUGUCCCCACUUCUGAGCCCCUUGCAGGACCCACUGGUGGAGAAGACCCUGCUGGAGACCCGGGAUGUGGGCCGGCCCAAAAAGGUGUGCUUCUCAGAGAGCAGCCUGCCCUCCGGGGACCGAACCAGGAGGAGCUACUACCUGAAUGAGAUCCAGAGCUUCACUGGCACCGAGAAGGAUGGUCGCAUUGUCGGGGAGAUUGCCUUCCAGCUGGACCGGCGCAUCCUGGCCUAUGUCUUCCCAGGGGUGACCCGGCUCUAUGGCUUCACUGUGUCCAACAUCCCUGAGAAGAUCAAACAGACCUCCAUCAAGUCCCUGGACGGCUCGGUGGACGAGAAGAAGCUGCGGGAGCUCACGCACCGCUACCUUACGCUGACGGCGCGCCUGGAGAGGCUGGGCUACAACCGCGACGUGCACCCCGUGUUCAGCGAGUUCCUCAUCAACACCUACGGCAUUCUGAAGCAGCGGCCAGACCUGCGUGCCAACCCGCUGCACAGCAGCCCGGCCGCCCUGCGGAAGCUGGUCAUCGACGUCGUGCCCCCCAAGUUUCUGGGCGACUCGCUGCUGCUGCUCAACUGCCUGUGCGAGCUCUCCAAGGAGGACAGCCGCCCGCUCUUCGCCUGGUGAACCCGCGCCCCGCGCCUCCCUGCAAUAAACGCGUGUUGCAACCUCGGGCGCCACGCUCCUCCUCGUCCGCUCCCCGGAGAGCGCGCCGAGGGCGCCAGGGCCGGGUGGGCCGCUGCCCGCGCUGUCCCGCCCCCCGGCCGGCGCCCGCCCCGCCGCCCACACCUGCACGGUGAGCCCCAGUCUAUUAAAGUCGUCUGUUUGCUGUUCCUC